CCUACACCUAUCCAUACUCCAAUUGUCACCAUUAUACUCACCACUCACUUCUUGACCAUAACCUGAUGCCCCAGAAACUCAAGAUUGCGUCCGCGCAAUCGCGCACGCUCUCGACUACCCCCGAGACUGUCCGCGCACUCGAACGGACGACGAAGUCCGCAGCCGAACAAGGCAUUGACAUCAUACUCUUCCCUGAAGCGUAUCUCGGAGGCUACCCGCGCUCGUGCACGUUCGGAAACGCCGUGGGCGGACGCACCGAAGAAGGACGGAACCAAUUCCUGCACUACUUCCAUGAUGCGGUCGACCUGGGCGACACUCCUCGCGGAGCUGGGGAUGAUUGGGUAGAGCGAAAGCUGCCACUUCCAAAGGAUAGGAAACAUCGCGGGGAUGGGACACGCGAGGAAUUGGAGAGGAUUGCGAGAGAAACGGGCGUGUUCAUCGUCACUGGACUGGUGGAACGGGCCGGAGGCACAUUGUACUGCGGUGUUGUGUACGUGUGCCCCCGUUACGGUAUCAUUGGCAAACGACGCAAGGUCAUGCCCACGGGCUCGGAACGGACAAUCUGGGGCCAGGGGUCACCAUCGACGUUGCGAGCGGUGACGACGGAGAUCAAGGGUGUGAGGUUGUGCAUGGCGGCGGCGAUCUGUUGGGAGAACUACAUGCCCUUGUUGAGGCAGGCGCUGUAUUCCCAGAACGUCAAUCUUUGGUUCGCGCCGACCGCUGAUGCGCGGGACGCCUGGGCGUCUUUGAUGAGGACAGUAGGCAUCGAGGGCAGGUGUUUCGUCGUCAGCGCAAACCAGUGUGUCCGGAGAAAGCACCUCCCAGCUUGGGUCACAUGUCAGAAGAACGAACCUGAGAGCCAUGCGCACCAUGAGCAACUAUCUCAACAACAUACUGGAGUGGAGAGGCAGUCUCAACACGUUACCGUGAGGAGGAGAAAGAGCACAAUUGUCGUGACAGAAGGUGAUAACGAGAUUUGCCUCCCCUGUCUCAAGGAUGGGCCCAACGCUGGUCAACCUAAUGGAGACUCCGCCAUCCACGACGACGAGGUUUCACCCAGCGCUACGCCACCAAAGUCGUUCAAACCUCAAUCCGCUUUGCUGUCACAAUUGUCCAUUCCGGCCGGUGAGGAGUUCGUCUGUCGUGGAGGUUCCUGCAUAAUUUCACCAAUGGGUGAAGUCCUUGCGGGACCGCUCUGGGAAGUGGAGGAUGGAGGUCUGCUGGUAACUGAGGUCGACUUUGAAGAUUGCGAAAGGGGUAGGCUGGACCUUGAUGUCGCGGGCUCAUAUUCGCGCAUGGACAGCUUCCAUCUCACUGUAGAUGGUCUUGAUUUGGACCCUCCGCCUUGAGUGAAGGCUGGAAGUUCAGACUGUAUUGGAAAUUUGGAUAGCUGGAAUUAUCAAUCAUAUUGAUGAUUAAGGAAGAUGGGAGAAAAUUGGUCGCUCCUCCUGGGUGCGUAGUGAGUACUUCUCUAGUGUGGCCAAUAGGGACUGGAUAAGCGGCUUCUAUAUAGCUAGCAUGUCCUUUUUGUAUCCCAUAAAAGUGUAAGACACGUUAAGAAUGUAA